AUGCACUCUCUCCGAAGAGGCGUGAGCGUUCCUUCGCGGCUGCUCCCGCGGCGGGACAGCUGGCUGUCGCUGGCGCCGUUUGCUGGACAGAACAACGCAGCUGCGUGGCGCAAGCUCCGCGAUGGCGCCCAGGAGGUCCAGACGGUGAUUGACCGCCAUGUGACCACCAAGACUCAGCCGAUCGACUGGACGAAGUGGGAGAGCCAAAUCGCGCACAAAGACAUCCUGCAAUGCUUGAAGUCGUUCUACACGAGCCAGAUGCAGAUUCUGGAUCAGACCGCGGGAGCGCUGAAGAAGGCCGGCAAUCCAGCUGCCUGCGAGGUCGCGGCUAAGGGCUGGGCGCUGUACGACAACGCACUUCAGGCCUGCGCCAAGUCCGUGGAGAAGUCCGAGGAGCUGCUCGCGAACGGCGCCCGCGCGCUCUGGGUCUCGUGCAACAACCCGCCCGUCUGGAAGGUCGACACCAACGAGUGGCUGGACAGCGACCAGUACUGGCAGGCAUUCGUCGAGAAGCACCACUUCUACUCGCAGUACCAGCCGGGCGUCGCGGACCCCGAGGCCACGCAGGAAGUCGAGGCCUUCAAGCACUCGUGGCACUCGCGCAUGAGCAAGUUCAACGACCGCAGCGACACUCCGAUGCUCUACGCCUACAUGGACGAGCUGCCCUCAUGGGAGUACUACGACCUUCACAGGAGCGCCUUCCUCGAGCACAUGACCUACUACCUCGUGCGUACCGGAGGCGACUUCCGCUUCUUCCCUGAGAUGCCGCCCUGGCAGUGGCUGGCGCACAUCGAGAACCUCCGCUACAAGCUGCUCUCUGUGGCCCAGAGCCGCCGCGCGCAUCUGCAGCUGACGAACCUGGAGCGGGAGCGGGCGCUGGACUUCUUGCCGGUCGACGUGGAGCACCACGGCGAGGAGUACACGCAGAAAUUCCUGCAGACCGAGACGGAGAUGUUCCAGGCGUGUGCCGCGCGCCUCAUGGGCAACUACAUGUUCCUCUGCGACCCGUUCAUCCCGGUCCAGAGUGUGGAGGCCCUCGAGGAGGUCGCCAAAGUCGCUGGCGGAAAGGGCUCGCUCUUCUCGCUCGGCGACGACGUGAACGCCCUCUUCUUCCUCCCCGACCAGGAGAAACGCGAAGUCGCCCGCCCGACGGAAGCCGUGCAAACGCUGAUGAACCACCUCAAGAAGACCGACAGAAGCUUCAAUCCGUCCUACACCGCGCUGCUGGGCAUCCACGCUGAGGUCCUCGAAGAGAGAGGCGAGCACUGGCUGGCGGCCCCCGGCGAGUGCGUCUCUCAGGCGUUCCUGCGGCGGCUCCGCACGGACGAUCCCGCGUACGAGGUGUACUGCUCGUAUUUCACCGAAAUGUAUGAGCGCUUUGCCUCUGCGAAGGAAGUCUCGCUCGCGGACGGCCGCAAGCUCUUGAAGGACAUCCACGCGAAGGCCCAGGAGGAAGAGCGCGCGUACGCCAUUGCUCUUCAAAGCAUGGGCAGCACCGAGCUCGCGCAGAGAGCCAGAGAGGGCGCGGAGAAACUCAAGGCCCUUCAAGCUGCUCAGGAACAGCUCCAAGGGAAGGCCGGACAGGCUUAA